AUGAGAUUUGCAGACCUCAUUGAUAUUCGACGCCCUUCUUCUUCCAACGACCAUUCCACCACCAGACACUCAGUUUCCGGAGAAUCGCUUGAGCAACAACAACAACAACCACCACCACCAUCCAUCUCCACAUCAUCCACCACCUCUUCCAUCGACAUGACACAACAAGCAGACGUUCAUUUUGCUCGGUCGACACAAGGGUUCCCUCGUAGUGCACUCGAUCGUGCUGCUGCCGCCAAACUACGUUUAGAACAUCACUACAAAGUGACACUUCAAGAAGCUAUUGAACGUAAUCAAAGGAGGGUGGAAGUAGAAAAACGGCUUCAAGAUGAACAAAGCAGCCAAGAAAAGAAGAAUCGACAAUUGCAAUCGCUUGGUCGUAAGGAGUCUCAGUAUUUACGGUUACGACGUACACGGCUUGGACUCGAUGAUUUUGUCACCGUCAAAGUAAUUGGUAAAGGUGCCUUUGGUGAGGUACGGUUGGUACAAGCUUGUGAUACUGGCAAGAUUUAUGCUAUGAAGACAUUGAGGAAAUCAGAAAUGAUGAAAAAGGAUCAAUUAGCACAUGUCAAAGCUGAACGAGACGUCCUUGCAGAGUCCGAUUCGCCUUGGGUGACACAGCUUUAUUUUUCAUUCCAAGACACGCAAUACCUCUACUUGAUCAUGGAAUUCUUGCCUGGAGGGGAUUUAAUGACCAUGUUGAUAAAGUAUGACACAUUCAGCGAACCGGUGACGCGAUUCUAUAUGGCUGAAAUUGUUUUGGCCUUGGAAGCUGUACAUAACCUUGGAUUUAUUCACCGGGACAUCAAGCCUGAUAACAUUCUGAUCGACAAGGAUGGUCAUAUUAAGCUCUCUGACUUUGGCUUAUCCACGGGUUUCCACAAGACACAUCAUUCACAAUAUUAUCAACGUCUCUUGGAAGGUGCAGAAAACACAAGCGGGACCGAGAGCAUCCAUUUGACCACCAAGGAGAAAAUCGCAACAUGGAAAAAGAAUCGUCGUGGAUUGGCUUAUUCAACAGUGGGAACACCGGAUUACAUUGCACCCGAGAUCUUUUUACAAAAAGGAUACGGCCAAGAGUGUGAUUGGUGGUCACUUGGCACAAUCAUGUUUGAAUGUCUUUGUGGCUAUCCACCCUUUUGCUCUGAUCACCCCCAUGAUACCUAUCGCAAGAUUAUGAAUUGGCGAGAGACGCUUGUGUUUCCAGAUGAUCAACCUAUUAGUCGAGAAGCUGAGGAUUUGAUUCGAAGACUUGUAUGUGACGCUGAGUAUCGACUAGGACGUCUCGGGGUACAAGAGAUCAAGGCGCAUCCAUUCUUUUACGGGGUUAAUUGGGAUACAUUAAGAUCUGAGCCAUCGCCCUAUGUACCGCAAUUGUCAAGUAUCACGGACACCAGCCAUUUCCCUACCGAAGAAUUGGAUGCUAUUCCCGAAGCUGUGGAUGCUCAUCACAUGCCUCAAGACUACGCCACGGAUACCGUCAAUGCACAAAAGGAUUUGGCUUUUGUCGGCUACACGUUUAAACGAUUUGAUAACUUGACAAGAAAAAACAUUUUGUAA